GGUCCCCGGCGGCCAUGGCGGCCAUGGCGGGCCCGGGCCCGGGAGGUUACCCCGCCGAGUUCCUGCCGCCCCCCGAGUGCCCGGUGUUCGAGCCCAGCUGGGAGGAGUUCACCGACCCCCUCGGCUUCAUCGGCCGCAUCCGCCCGCUGGCCGAGAAGACCGGCAUCUGCAAGAUCCGACCGCCCAAGGACUGGCAGCCUCCAUUCGCAUGUGAGGUGAAGAGUUUUCGCUUCACCCCGCGCGUUCAGCGUCUAAAUGAACUCGAGGCAAUGACCCGAGUGAGACUGGACUUCUUGGAUCAGCUGGCCAAAUUUUGGGAACUCCAAGGGUCCACUCUGAAAAUCCCCGUGGUGGAGCGGAAAAUCCUGGAUCUCUAUGCCCUGAGCAAGAUCGUCGCCAACAAAGGAGGAUUCGAGAUGGUCACUAAAGAGAAGAAAUGGUCCAAGGUGGGCAGCCGCCUGGGCUACCUACCGGGCAAAGGCACCGGCUCCCUGCUCAAGAGUCACUACGAACGGAUCCUCUACCCAUAUGAGCUGUUCCAGUCAGGGGUCAGCCUCAUGGGUGUCCCACUGCCCAGCUUGGACCUUAAAGAGAAAGUGGAGUCCGCGGUCCCCGACACCGAUUCCCAGGCUCCCCCAGAUCAGGGCCCGAGGGCGAGCCUUCUGCCGAAGAGAACCAGGCGUGUCAAGUCCCAGCCGGAGACCGGAGAAGUGAGUAGGAAUGCCGAGCUGAAGAAGCUUCAGAUCUUUGGAGCGGGGCCCAAGAUGGUGGGUCUGGCGAUGGGAGCGAGAGAGAAAGAAGACGCAGUCGCUCCGAGGCGCAAGGGGACCAGGCCGGAAGCCUUCAGCAUGCAGAUGAGGCAGCGCAAAGGGACGCUUGCGGUUAACUUUGUGGACCUGUACGUCUGCAUGUUCUGCAGCCGCGGCAACGAGGAGGACAAGCUGCUGCUUUGCGACGGCUGUGACGACAGCUACCACACCUUCUGCCUCAUCCCGCCCCUGCCCGACGUGCCCAAGGGUGACUGGCGCUGCCCCAAGUGUGUCGCGGAGGAAUGCAGCAAGCCCCGCGAGGCCUUUGGCUUUGAGCAGGCGGUCCGGGAGUACACCCUCCAGAGCUUCGGCGAGAUGGCCGAUAACUUCAAGUCCGACUACUUCAACAUGCCGGUCCAUAUGGUCCCCACCGAGCUGGUGGAGAAGGAGUUCUGGCGGCUGGUGAGCAGCAUCGAGGAGGACGUCAUCGUGGAGUACGGCGCCGACAUCUCCUCCAAGGACUUCGGCAGCGGCUUCCCCGUGAAGACCAGCGGAAGGAACGUGGUGCCGGAGGAGGAGGAGUACGCCCUUUCCGGCUGGAACCUGAACAACAUGCCCAUCCUGGAGCAGUCGGUCCUGGCGCACAUCAACGUGGACAUCUCCGGCAUGAAGGUGCCCUGGCUCUACGUGGGGAUGUGCUUCUCGUCCUUCUGCUGGCACAUUGAGGACCACUGGAGCUACUCCAUCAACUACCUGCACUGGGGGGAGCCGAAGACGUGGUACGGUGUGCCAUCCCACGCCGCGGAACAGCUGGAAGAGGUGAUGAGGGAGCUGGCCCCCGAGCUCUUCGAGUCCCAGCCGGAUCUCCUGCACCAGCUCGUCACCAUCAUGAACCCCAACGUGCUGAUGGAGCAUGGUGUGCCUGUGUUCAGGACCAAUCAGUGCGCGGGCGAGUUUGUGGUGACGUUCCCCCGGGCUUACCAUUCCGGGUUCAACCAGGGCUACAACUUCGCCGAGGCCGUGAACUUCUGCACUGCCGACUGGCUGCCCAUCGGACGUCAGUGUGUGAAUCACUAUCGGCGGCUGAGGCGCCACUGCGUCUUCUCCCACGAGGAGCUCCUCUUCAAGAUGGCGGCCGAUCCGGAGUGCCUGGACGUCGGGCUGGCGGCCAUGGUCUGCAAGGAGAUGACCCUCAUGACGGAAGAAGAGACGCGGCUGAGGGAGGCCGUGGUACAGAUGGGCGUGCUGAUGUCAGAAGAGGAAGUGUUCGAACUGGUUCCCGACGACGAGCGUCAGUGUUCAGCCUGCCGCACCACGUGCUUCCUGUCGGCCCUCACCUGCUCCUGUAAUCCCGAGCGACUCGUGUGUCUCUACCACCCGGCCGACCUGUGCCCCUGCCCCAUGCAGAAGAAGUGUCUGAGGUACCGGUACCCGCUGGAAGACCUCCCGUCGCUGCUGUACGGGGUGAAAGUCAGAGCCCAGUCCUACGACACGUGGCUCAACCGAGUUACCGAGGCACUGUCGGCCAACCUCAACCACAAGAAAGAUAUCAUCGAGCUGAGAGUGAUGCUGGAAGAUGCCGAGGACCGGAAGUACCCGGAGAACGAUCUCUUUCGCAAGCUCAGGGAUGCCGUGAAGGAGGCCGAGACGUGCGCCUCCGUGGCCCAGCUCCUCCUCAGCAAAAAGCAGAAGCACAGCCGGCAGAGCCCAGAGAGUGGGAAGACCCGCACCAAACUCACCAUGGAGGAGCUGAAGGCCUUUGUCCAGCAGCUGUUUAGCCUGCCCUGUGUCAUCAGCCAGGCACGACAAGUCAAGAACCUGCUGGAUGACGUGGAGGAGUUCCACGAGCGGGCGCAGGAGGCCCUCCUGGACGAGACGCCCGACUCGUCCAAGCUGCAGGUGCUGAUCGAACUGGGCUCGGGCCUGUACGUGGACCUGCCGGAACUGCCCCGCCUGAAGCAGGAGCUGCAGCAGGCCCGCUGGCUGGACGAGGUCAGGCUGACCCUGGCCGACCCCCAGCGCGUCACGCUGGACGUCAUGAAGAAGCUGAUUGACUCGGGGGUGGGGCUGGCCCCUCACCAUGCCGUGGAGAAGGCCAUGGCCGAGCUGCAGGAGCUGCUGACCGUCUCGGAGCGCUGGGAGGAGAAGGCCAAGGUCUGCCUGCAGGCCCGACCCCGUCACAGCGUGGCCAGCCUCGAGGGCAUAGUGAGCGAAGCCAAGAACAUCCCGGCCUUCCUGCCUAACGUCCUGGCCCUGAGGGAAGCCCUGCAGAGGGCCAAGGAGUGGACAUCCAAGGUGGAGGCCAUCCAGAGCGGAAACAACUACGCCUACCUGGAACAGCUGGAGAGCCUGUCGGCCAAAGGCCGGCCGAUCCCCGUGCGUCUGGACGCGCUGCCGCAGGUGGAAUCGCAGGUGGCCGCGGCCCGAGCCUGGAGGGAGCGCACUGGGCGGACCUUUCUGAAGAAGAACUCGAGCCACACUCUGUUACAGGUGCUGAGUCCCCGGACCGACAUCGGCAUCUACGGAAGCAGCAAGAACCGCCGGAAGAAGGUGAAAGAGCUGAUGGAGAAGGAGAAGGAUCUGGACCUGGAUCCCCUGAGUGACCUGGAGGACGGACUGGAGGAGGCCCGAGACACCGCGGUGGUGGUGGCGGUGUUCAAGGACCGGGAGCAGAAAGAGGUGGAAGCCAUGCACUCCCUCCGCGCCGCCAACCUGGCCAAGAUGACCCUGGCGGACCGCAUCGAGGAGGUCAAGUUCUGCGUGUGCCGCAAGACGGCCAGCGGCUUCAUGCUGCAGUGCCAGCUGUGCAAGGACUGGUUCCACGGCAGCUGCGUGCCCCUGCCCAAGUCCAGCUCGCAGAAGAAGGGGGCCAGCUGGCAGGCCAAAGAGGUCAAGUUCCUGUGCCCCCUGUGCAUGCGUUCCCGCCGGCCCCGGCUGGAGACCAUCCUGUCCCUGCUGGUGUCCCUGCAGAAGCUGCCCGUGCGGCUCCCCGAGGGCGAGGCGCUGCAGUGCCUGACCGAGCGGGCCAUGAGCUGGCAGGACCGGGCCCGGCAGGCCCUGGCCACGGACGAGCUGUCGGCGGCCCUGGCCAAGCUCUCGGUGCUCAGCCAGCGCAUGGUGGAGCAGGCCGCCCGGGAGAAAACGGAGAAGAUCAUCAGCGCCGAGCUCCAGAAGGCGGCGGCCAACCCCGACCUCCAGGGACAUCUGCCCAGCUUCCAGCCUUCGGCCUUCAACCGGGCGGUGAGCAGCGGGGCCUCCUCCCCUCGCCAGACGGUAGACUACGACGACGAGGAGACGGACUCGGACGAAGACAUCCGCGAGGCGUACGGCUACGACAUGAAGGACACUGCCAGCGUGAAAUCCUCCAGCAGCCUGGAGCCGAACCUGUUCUGCGACGAAGAGAUCCCGAUCAAGUCGGAGGAGGUAGUGACCCACAUGUGGACAGCCCCUUCGUUCUGUGCCGAACACGCGUAUUCUUCGGCGUCCAAGAGCUGUUCCCAAGGCUCCGGCACCCCUCGGAAGCAGCCGCGCAAGAGCCCUCUGGUUCCUCGCAGUCUGGAGGCACCGGUGUUGGAGCUGUCGCCGGGCGCCAAGGUGCAGCUGGAGGAGCUGAUGAUGGUGGGCGACCUGCUGGAGGUGUCCCUGGACGAGACCCAGCACAUCUGGCGCAUCCUGCAGGCCACGCAUCCGCCCGCGGAGGACCGUUUCCUGCACGUCAUGGAGGAGGACAGCAUGGAAGAGAAGCCACUGCGGAUCAAAGGCAAGGACUCGGAGAAGAAGCGCAAGCGGAAGCUGGAGAAGGCGGAGCAGCUCUUCCCCAAGUCGAAGGAGCUGAAGAAGCUGGACAAGCCCAAGAAGAAGAAGCUGAAGCUGAGCCUCGGCAAGUCGAAGGAGCUGAGCAAGCUGGCCAAGAAGCUGGCCAAGGAGGAGGAGCGCAAGAGGAAGCGGGAGAAGGCGGCGGCCGCCGCCGCCGCCAAGGUAGAGCUAGCCAAGGACAGCGGGGAGAGGAAGCGGGAGAAGAAGGUGCUGGACAUCCCCUCCAAGUACGACUGGUCGGGCGCCGAGGAGUCCGACGACGAGAACGCCGUUUGCGCCGCCCAGAACUGCCAGCGACCCUGCAAGGACAAGGUGGACUGGGUGCAGUGUGACGGCGGGUGCGAUGAGUGGUUCCACCAGGUGUGCGUGGGCGUGUCCCCGGAAAUGGCCGAGAGCGAAGACUACAUUUGCCUAAACUGCGCCCGGAAGGCGGGGCGGGGCAGCCCCGGCCCGGUCCCGCCCCCCGCCUUCCUAAUGAGCUACAAGUUACCGCCGGACGGCACUAAGGACACCAGUUAGCAGCGGCCGUCGCCGCAGCCCCGUCCCGCCGGGCCUCGGGGGAGACGGACCCCGCCCGGACCGCCCCCCUCGCGGCGGUCCGUCGAGGGCGGGGGCGGUCCGGAUCCAGAGUCGUCAGCUCGGAGAGCCUCGGGCCCGAGGGGCCCGUGCCCGGCGGCAGGGAGGGACGGCCCUUCCCCUGCCCCCGCCGGCUCCGAGCCGGCUUCCUCUCGGCCCCGGGGGUGUCCCAGCGGGAAGUACUGUCGCGGCCCAGCGAGGCGGAGGGGCCUCCUCGGACUCUUCCGCCAACGUCCUGACUCCGGUGUGCCACGGGGGCGCCGCGCCCGGCCGGGGACUUGCCCGAGCGGCUGGGGGGGCCGGGGGGCCUAGUCCUAGUCGUCCGCUCGUGGGGGACGCGGGCCUGGCUCGGGGGCCAAGGGCCUGGGGGCGAGAGUCCCGGGGAUCCCUCGCCCGGCAGCGGCCCCGCCCGAGAGCCCGUGGGAAGCCGGGGACUCGGGGGGACGUCGAUCCCGGCCGGGCGGGGUGGCGGUCGGAGCACCGCUUCCCGGACGGCACCGGUGCGGCCCCCUCGCCGUGGGGAUGGGGGUUGGGCCGUCCAGAAGGCGGAGGAGCACAGCAGUCAGGCGCCAGCGCCGGGCCUAUUUACCAAAAAGAAACCCUCCUACCCCUUUCCUGACUGCGGCCCUCGGGAGAGGACCGUCCCUCCCUUCGGCCGGCCCAGGUCAUGUCAGCUGCCCCGAAGAGGGGCGGUCCCCUCGGCCCGAGUGGCCGGCGGGCCCCACCGGAACCUGGCGGCCGGGCGCUCCCGUCCUCCCUGAGGGAAGGGGCCGGCUCGGAGCGUUCCCCGGGGUCCGGGCCCACGCCGCGGAGAGGAAGGAGAGCGAGACGGCGAGCUCCAACGCCCGCAAGCGGGGAGGAGGGCCGCCCGGCUGAGCCGCAGCGGAGCGCGCCGGGGAGUCGGCCUCGCACAGCUAUCACCGACGUCACCGGGCCUGAGGCUCGGUCGCGGGGCCGGAGGCCGCCCGUCCCCCGGCCCGUACCGCACGGGGCCCCCGCCGCCCGCCCGCCUUUCUCGGUUCACGGUGGGGGACGCCCAGGGGUCGCAGCCCGGGGACGGCGGUCGCCGAGCGGCAGCCACAUAGCACAGGGCGAUGGAGGUCGUCCCGGCUUCCCCGGAGGCCACGGGGCGGUGGCGCCUCUGGGCACCGAGGUGGUUUUAGUAAAUCCAUUUUUCAAAAGAAGACUUGUUUUUACUUUUUUCUAAAUGUCUCUGACUACUGGCUGUUCUAUACAUAGAAUAUUUUUCUUUUUCUAACACGCAUAUAUACAGAAAAGAAAGUCUAUAUUCACCACUGUUACCGACAGCAUAGGGACAGGGUUUCACACAUCGAGAACUCCUCCGGGCACCUCUUUUUGUUUUUCAAUUUUGCUUUGGAAAGAGAACUUCCAUUCCUUCCUCGUAGUGCCGGGAGCUGGCGGUCAGCCGGCCCACCCUAGCCCGCCGUCUUACCUUGACCGCGCCCGCCGUCUUGCCCUUGUUCAAAUAGGUAAUCGCGUUUUCUUGCCGACCUCCGAGCGUCUGCUCCCGACGGGCCACCUCACCCCUUCUGCCUGCCGCCUCGGGUUUGCCGUUUUGGGACAGACGGAUAGGGGAUACGAAAAGGGAGGGAGGGGAAAUGAGGUGUGGUCUCUGUGCCCUCUCUGAGGAGUUGGUGAAGCAUCCCCGGCCCCCCCUCCUGCCUCGUCUUAGUGAGCCCUCCCCGUCGGGCCCUGGUCCGUGCCGACUUGGGGUGGAGCGGCCGAGGGAGCGGGUGGGAAGGGGAGGACUAGGGGAGGUUGCGUUCAUUAAAAUUCUGGCAUUUCUCCCUGUCCCCGCAGAUGGAAAACGGACCGCAAAAUUCCCAGAGGCCUGGGGGGCCAGAGAAGCCGCAGCGUUCUCCCAAACCGCACAGAGCUUCGGGCGGCGCUCUCUCCAUGGGCCGCGAUCUGGCCGUUCCCGGGCCCCUUAAUAUCAUUCCGAUUCAGAGGUAACCAAAAACCAGCUUAGACCAACCGGCCUAAGAGUCUUCUCCUCCUGGCGGAUCUUGGCCCCGCUCAACCGGAGAGCUCUUUCUCUGGGCCCCGGGAUCUCGGAGGAAAGAUGCCCCGUGGCUGCGGGUUUGCCGGCUCUGGAGAUUUCUCCAGGGUCGGCAGAGUCAUCUCGAUCUGCUAAUGCGGCUGGAAUGAUUGGACACAAACCACUAGCGAUCGAGAGCCCCGGGAGCUUGGGGCCAGUGCCGCUUCUUGACGUGAACUGAGAACGUGGGAGCGAUCCCAUUCGUCCCCCUUGACUCUGGUAGGUCACCUGUUCGGGCCUCUGCCGUCCCAUGAGACUCCGCAGCCUGUGGUUCGGGGGGCAGCCUUGUGACGGUUCCCCGUCCGCCUCCUCCCCCGGUCCUCCAGCUACUAUGGCUUGUGGAAGACCGGGGGUCCCCGGGACCAAUGGGGUCCUGGAUCAGAGGUGGUCACUCGGGGAGUGCCCACACCCUGGCUCUCGGGGGAGACCCUUCCCCGAAAGUCGGACGAGACGUCAUCCGCCAGCAGCUGGGGGUGGCCUCGUCUGCCCCCUCCUUGCUUCUGCCCCGGUUCUGGUGGGGGAUUUCUGAGGCAGAUUGUCGUGGAAACCCGCGAGCGCCUAACCCGAUCAGUCCAACCCCAGAUUCAGACCACCGGACGUUCCCUGGCCCGACGAAGUUUAGAACGAGGCCAACAGCAGCGUGGCGAUCCUGGCGUUAUCGAAGUGGGGCGGGCCGGAGCCAUUGAAGGACUCGGCUGCUGCACCCGAUUAAUGACGGGGCGCAGGGGAACCAGUUUUUUCUCUGGGAGCACGGGGCAGAGGGGGCCAGGGCGGGGCUGGGUCUUUUCAGCACCGCUUGGAAAAGCCAAGGCCUCGUCAGAGAUGGGGCGUGAGCUAGCCUGGGAGAGCAGAAACCUGGCUCCUGAGGAGAGGGGGCCACCCAGGAGGGGGAAACAUACUCGAUCGCCUCAAUCCAUCAGUGGUACUUUCCGAGCGCUUGCUCCGUUCGGAGAGAACUGUACUAAGCAUUUGGAUACGUGCAGCACAUCCGGUUUGGGGGCUAGACCUUAAAGCAGUCUCCCUUUCCCCCGAAAGUGGCAGCUCCCCACAGUCCGUGGGAAUGUUUAAACAAAUUGCCUUCCCCAAGGCAAAGACUCUUCCUGCCCCAAAGACCCCCGCGGCGUUAGCGGAAAGCAGUAGGAAGGAGCUGGCCGGGCGGGCGGCGUUCAUUCUUCCAUGCCAGUCACCGUUGUCCUAAUCCAGGACCCGGGAACAGAUCCAGGCCCCUUCCCUUGUUUCUUCUCCAGAUUCCAGACACGAGCAGGGACCGUAUUAAGAGGAGGGGGCCUGUAGGGUGCUUUUACCAACAGGUUAAAUGGAAAGAGGGCCUACAGCCCAACCCGGGGAAGGAGCUCGGGGUUAGAACCAUUUUCGGUUGAGUGCCGGGAGAAAGCAGGGUCCAGUCUAUCUUUGGCGAUGGAGGAUUUUAAACUGGGAUCCAGAUGGUGCCGAGGCCGGUACGAUCUAAAAUGGCUGGGGGUCCCCCGGUUUGCUCCCGUCUGACCCCCUGAAGAGCCCCAGCUUCUGUUAAAGAACCCUGGGCGUCUGGGAUUAGAGGGGAGACUAAUCCGCAGACCGGAAGGGAACCGUGGCUUCCUGCCCUGUGUUGAGCCUGGGGAUCCUGGAUGGUGCAGGUGUGAGCCCGGAGGGGAGGGAAGUGAAAACCCCGAUUCAAGGCAGGCUCUGACACCUCCUGCCCAGCCAAGUCCGCCCACCUACGGGCGCCUGGGGACAGGGUGGCACCCGCGAGUGUCACCCUGUCCAGCCGCCUUUAUUGGUCCAUCGUCUGCUUUUCUCUUCGGCCCUUGAGGCCUCACAAUAGCCAGAGUUUUGACCUAACGGUUUUGUGAUCUACUGAGCCCGAGACACAGGCAGUCACGUGGGCAGUUUCCUCCGGUGUUUGUUUCACAGAUUCCAGUCAGGAGUCGGAAAAGGAAACUCGGUCUCCGGCUCAAGCGGUUUUCAUCGGCAAGCUUGCCCUCCACGGUCGCAAGCCACCAGUGAGCCAGCGUGGCCGGCUGGAACGGCCUGGAGGCCGGUCGGCGGGGAUGGAGGGAUCGGGGAGAGGCGGUCGGCGGGCAGCUCACUUCUUUGGUCCGGUCUCCCCGCAGAUGGGCGGGCGAGUUCUCCGAAGCGACCGGUCUCAGGGCAGCAGAGUACUCGCGUGCAGCCUAGCGCCGAGCCGGGACCGAGAGUGAGGGGAGCCCAGCACGGAGCCGGUGGCCCAAGGCCCUGGUCGUUGCCGGAUCGGCGUCCCCGGCAGCCUCCGUGGGGACGGGUGGGAACCGGUCGGACUGGACUCUGGUCUCGACGGGAAUGUGAGGUGGCGGUUUUGCCCGGCGAACUUCCCUCCGCUCCAUCGUGUGCACCCCCUCGGGGCAGGGGAGCUCCACCUGGAGAACGGUUGCCGGCCAGGGCUGUCCCUUUUUCUCUGCGGAGGGCUCACCCCUGUCCGAGGAGGGGGAGACGCAGCUUGCUCCCAUUUUCCCUCCCAGUCCCCUGAGCCAGCGAGGACAGGGCACUGCUUCCCUUGCAAAAUUCGUGCUGGUGGGCUCUCUGCACACCCCUCCACCCCUGCCUAGCCCCUGCAGCCACCGUAUUGUACAGACUUGGCUUGCCAGAAUCAAUCCGUCGUAUUUAUUGAGCGCGUACUGUGUGCAGAGCACUGUUUUAGACACUUGGGAGACUACAAUAUAACAGAGUCGGUAGGUCUGUCCCCUGCCCACAAGGAGCUUCCUGUCUAGCGGAAGAAGGCAGAAGAUGCUUCCCUAAUUCUGCCGCCACGUCCCAGCGCAAACGCAAGGCGAAAAGCGGCGUUCAGGGGGGGCUGAGCGUGCGGGACUCCGGUCGGGCCGGGGAGCGGGGCCGGGCGGCGAGCGAUGGGUCCAGCCGUAAUCCCAAGGAGGGGACUCGGCAGAGCAGCAGGGCUCUGGGCAGGUCCGGGUCUCCAGGGAUUCUUUCAUUCGUCCGAUGGCAUUUCCACCCUGGAUCGAGGACCUCCCUCUGGGGCCAGGGACUGAUUCCCGGGCCGGGGGAGAUGGGGCCAGGAGCCCGGCCACCUCACUUUUGAAGUUUCCCCGCCUCCUCUCUCUGCUGGACCAGCACCUUCCAGUUCCUCUUGCUCUUGUAAAGUCUGAUUUUUGAGACACCCCCCCCCCCCUUAAGG